CUAUGUACUCGUAUAUUGUUCAGUGACAACCUCCAGCUGCACCGACAAUGCAGACCAGCGGUUCUUUUUCUCGCGAGAUCAGCGGUUGCGUAGUAACCAACGUCAACAGGUCUAUUGAUAAAACUUAAACCAGGACUAAGCUACAGAGGAGGAUUAACGAAUUAUAUAUUGACUUUUCAGUUCAUAUAAUGGAGGAAACAGGACCAGUAGGAGAGGACUCUGUUGAGUCUUUGGAAGAGUUCCAGAUGGUGCUCAGUGAGCUGAUUGGGGACAAGAGCAUGGACAAGAUCCGGGUGGAGUAUGAGAAGCUCAUCCAUGCUCUGAAGAAGUCUCGAGAGAACGAGAAGAGGCUAAUGUCCAAAUGCAGGGAGCUGAAUGCAGAGAUUGUGUCCACCUCAACUAAAGUCACAGCUGCCCUGAAACUGUCCCAAGAAGAUGAGACAACAAUAACUUCACUAAAGAGGGAGCUGGAUAAAGCUUGGAAAAUGGUUGAUGCUGCUCAUGAUAAAGAGAAAAGGGACAAAGAAACCAUCAGGAAUUUAAAAGACGAAGUUGCAAACCUAAUGAAAAUUGGUGAACAACAAACUGGUGUCUCUAUGGACCAAGAGCAGAGUGAUCUACUAAAAAUGACUGAGGAGUUGAGAAAGGAGAGGGAUCAGCUGCUGACAACUGUGGAGGGUCUGAGAGACAAACUGAGUAAGGCCACUGCAACCCAGCAGGACAUAGAGACCCAAAGACAGACUGCCUUAGACAGUAUUUGUCAGCUCCAGCAGGAGCUCCAGGUACAACAGAAUGAGAUUUCCCGGGAGAUGAGGCUGAAGGAGAAGCUGGACAAGGAGGUGAAGCAGCUGCACGUCGACAUGGAGGCCAAGAUGGGAGACAUCAAGGCCUUGAAUCUGCAGGGCCAAAAGGCCAAAGAGGAGCAGCAGAGACUGGAGCAGCAGCUGAAAGAACUAAAGAUCCUCAAUGAGCGGUCCACCAAAGAGCUGGAGCAGAUGCAGGUGAAGAACACCAAGCUGCAGCAGGAGUGUGAGCAGCUCUCAUCAGUCAAAGAACAUCUCUCCUUGGAAAAUCAGCAGAGUGCAAAUGAGCUCAAGAUGAGAGAAGAGGAGGUGACUCAGAUGCGUCAGGAGAUUGCUAAACAAACAAAGAUGAGAGAAGCCAUCCAGAAGAAAUUACACCAGAUGGAGGAUCAGAAAGCUGAUGUGGAUGUGCAGAAGGAAACACUGAAAGCUCAGAUAGCUGGUCUGGAGAAAGACCUUGAAUCUGCCCAAAAGCAAGUCGAAGUUGACAAGAAAGCCAUAGACGAGCUGAUCCGAGAGAGAGACAUGUUAAACAAGAACAUGAUCAAAGCUGCACAGUCGACUGAGAAGCAACAGAACCUCGUGAAGCUCCUCGAGCAGGACAAGAAGACCUUGGAACAUGAGAUCAAUGGAUAUCGUCAGGAAGCCCAGAAGCAACGCAAGAUCAUCCAACAGCUGGAAAAAGAACGCGAUCGCUACAUCAAUGAGACCAGCAGCCUCAUGCAGAAGGUGCAACAAAAAAUGAAUGAUGUUGAAGUAAAAGAGAUGGAGAUAUUUGACUGGAGAAAGAAGGUCACUGAGGCAGAGUGCAAGCUCAGACAGCAAGAGAACCUGCUGGAGUCUGUUGUGUCUGAAAGGAACCUCUACAGCAAAAAUCUCAUUGAAGCUCAGGAGGAGAUUGCAGAGAUUAAGAGGAAGAUGAAGACCAUGAACAACCACGUCACCCGGCUGAGAGAUGAGAUCACUGGGAAGGAGCUGGCCCUCGCCAAAGAUCAGCAGGAGCACAAGCGCUUAGAGAAGGAUAACGAGUCCCUCAAGGGGGAUCUGCAGUUGAUUAAGCUGCAGCUGGAAGAGACAAAGCAGCGUGUUGACAGUCAAAAAGCCGAACAGCAAAAACUGCAGAAAAUUAUAGCAGAUGCUGAUGCUGAGCAGAUCCAACAAAAGAAACAACUGGAACAGGUGAUCCGAGAGCGGGACAACCUGGGGAAACAGCUACUACGGCGCAACGAUGAGCGUGCCCUGCUGUAUGAAAAGAUCAGGAUCCAGCAGUCAAUCCUGAGCAAGGGUGACUUCCACUACAACCAGCGGAUGGAAGACAUCCGUCUGCUCAAGCUGGAGAUCAAGAGGCUCCGGCGCAAGAAGAACAUCCUGGACAAGACUGUACCCAACACUGAGGACCUGAGGCGAGAACUCUUCCACCUACAGAGGGAGCUGCUCAGAGAAAGGACAAGAAACAGCGUCCUCGAGGAACAGCUGAAGCCCAUAAAUAUUCACCGAUGGAGACGACUGGAGGGCAGUGACCCAGGCAAAUACGAACUCAUCCAGAAGAUUCAGUCCUUACAGAAACGACUUAUUGCCAAGACCCAAAAACUUGAGGAGCAUGAACUUCUACUACAGGAAAAGGAGAAGCUGUAUGUGGAGCUAAAGCACAUUCUGGCCCGGCAGCCUGGUCCAGAGGCAGCUGAGCAGCUCCAGCAGUGCCAGUGGACCAUCAGAGAGAGGACCAAAAAGCUCAAGGUGUUGAUAGCAGAGCUGAGAAUGCUUGACUCAAAGAUGAAUGAAUACAAAAGUGAGAAUCAAAGAUUGGCCAAUGAGCUUGCAAACAUCAAGAAGAAGUACCUCUGUCAGAAAAAGCUCCACAGUGAGCAGAGGACCAAGAUUAAAGUGGAGCAGGUGGAACCCCUCCCCCAGCUGAGCAGCAAACCUCACUUCACUGGAGGUGGAUUCAGGAUCGACAACCCUGUGAAAAGAUGAAGGCCAUUACGAGAGAACAUUUUUUAAUUCAACUCUUUUACACCUUUUAAAUCAUUUGAAAUGAUGACAUAUCUGUUACCAUAUAACACUUUAACUUUGAAGCAACCAUGUCCUUUCUGAAACAUUCACAAUGUACAGAUCAAAAAAAACAAACAAACAAACAAACAAAAAAAAACAAAAAAAACAGAGAAACUUGACUCACUCUAUCAUUUUCUUGGUCAUUCCAGUCCAUUCUGAUUAUUACCCUGAAAUCAUCCAAUAUGAUUUGUUUUACAUGAUUUGCAAAAAUGGAUAUAAUGUUGUUUAGCAUCAUUCUUUCCUCAUUUCAUAUCAUUUCUGUUUGCCCUGAUGAAGGAAUCAGGUCCAGUGAAGAGCUCUGAUUCAUCAUGAUGCUGUUUGAGUAAAGACCACAACAGAGUCAUGUCCUUUUGUUCAAUGUUCCUCAGACAGCACCUGUACAAAUCUGCCAGGGCUGUGUGUAAAGCACUUUGACUGGAUUACACGUUUUUAAACAAGUGCAUUGCAUUGCUGUUCAGAAACUGUUGAUUGCAGUAUAUAGACUUGAGAGAUUUAAUAAACAGAUGAGGUAUAUUGCAACUUUGUAGUUUGUCAUAGUAGUUUUGGACAACCAUUCACACCUACAGGCACUUUAGAGUCAAGAAGCUGUACCUGGAGAGAACCCACACAGACACAGGGAGAACCUGCAAACUCUGCACAGAAAAGCCUAUCUUCUCAAUAAAGGAAGGAAAUCAGAACAGACAGAUCAGAAUUCAGGUCAGGUCAGCCACUGACUGCACCAGAUCUUAAUCAACUGUCAUCUUUAAAAAUAAAAAUAAAAAAUCCAUUCACACCCAGUCUAGACAGCACACAAUCUAGAUGGGAAGACAGCAGCUCCCUGACUUCGUUGAGGACUUUCAUAUGAUCAUUAUGGAAGAAGUCUACCUGCAGGAUGCUGUGAAAGAAUUAUUUAAUUACUAAAUGUUGAAAUAUUGUAGACAGACUAUUACCACAUACUAUACAAUUAGGUAUAAGACUGAAAGUUUCUAUUGUAUGUAAGAACUGAAUGAGUGAAUAUCUGAUCUGGUCACUAAAGCCAGAAAGCACAAAGUCAGUUUUUGUUGUUGUUUGUUUUUGGUCAAUUCAUAUGACAUUGUACUGGUGUCCUUUAUUGGACAAGGGUCGGGGGUCAAUUCCUCAUUUUCUGUGUCACUUCUUAUAAUACUAUCAUGUUACCAUUUGCUUAUAAA